AAUAGUUUUUGAAUGAAACUCGCUAAUCUGAUAAAUGCGCUUUUAGCAGUUGGAACCAUCUAUCGCAUCUAGUCCCGGCCGUCUGCGUGCUUCGUGAGAAAGAUUCCGAUGGAGAAACCGCCGCCCGACUGGCGGAGCAACAGAGCGGCUGUGCAAGCCACCAACGACGACGCCUCUGCUAGCAAGCUGUCUUGCGUUAAGAAAGGGUACAUGAAAGAUGAUUACAUUCAUUUGUUUGUUAAAAGGCCCGUGAGGAGAUCGCCAAUAAUUAAUCGCGGGUAUUUUGUUCGGUAUGCGGCACUUAGGAAGCUUCUUUAUGAGUUUCUUGACUAUGAGGUAAACAUUGAUGGCAAAGGCAACAAGAAGCAAAUAUUAUCUCUUGGAGCUGGCUAUGAUACUACAUUUUUUCAAUUGCAGGAUGAAGGGAAAGCUCCUUAUCUCUAUGUUGAAUUAGAUUUCAAAGAGGUAACAAGUAGGAAAGCUGCCCUUAUUGAAAGCUCCAUUCAAUUGAGGAGCAAAGUUGGGGAAACCGCAUCAAUAUCACAGGAGAAAGGGGAAGUGCUUGGCUCACACUACAAACUUCUCCCUGUUGAUCUGCGUGACACACAACAACUUGAUGAUAUCAUUUCUCAGGCAAAUAUAGAUCCAAGUUUGCCAACAUUUAUAAUUGCAGAAUGUGUGCUUAUAUACCUAGAUUCCAAGUCAAGCUGUGCUGUAGUUGGGUGGGCUUCUAAAACGUUUCCAACAGCUAUAUUUUUUUUGUAUGAACAGAUUCGGCCAGAUGAUGCAUUUGGGCAACAGAUGAUCAGAAAUCUGGAGAGCCGAGGAUGUGCGUUGUUGAGCAUUGAUGCCACACCAACUUUACAGGCAAAGGAAAGACUUUUUCUUGAUCAAGGAUGGCAGAGGGCUGCUGCCUGGGACAUGGUGAAGGUUUAUAGCGCAUUCAUUGAGUCACAAGAAAAACGCAGGAUUGAACGGCUGGAAUUGUUCGAUGAGUUCGAAGAAUGGUACAUGAUGCAGGAGCACUACUGUGUGACUUGUGCAAUAAACGAUUCACUGGGUGCAUUCAAGAAUUUCGGGUUUUUCAAAGAGGAGACAGGAGUCGAUGCAUCGGUAUCAACCGCCCAUGGUCAAGAAUGAUCUGAAGAAAUAGAUCUUCCGAAACAGACGGACACCUUGUUGAGCAUACUAUACUUACUUACGGCUUCCACCAAACUUUAUUCGAGUUUUCGGUGAUGUGUGUGUGUAUGAUUGGAAUGAAUCCAAGCUUAUGUUUGCAAUUGUUAUAACUUGUGCUCAGAAAAGUCUUGGAUUGUUGUGUUGUAGACUAGUGAUCCUUUAAAGGAAAUGAAAAUGAGAAUUUCUGUCACUUGUAUUUGAUACCUCAAAUCUUAUUCAUUGGCUCAUGCCAUUGACCUGACCUGUUGUGUUUUUGGUUGGGGUUGGGGUUGGGAA